GAGCGUCGAUCGGCGUACUGACCUUGCUCUACUGUACUGCGCCUCUGUUGCUACAUACCACUUCAGAGAGUCGACCAGAGUACCAGCGAACAGAGUGAGUUGUGAUCACCAGGCACACGCGCCAUGGCCGCCGCCGUGCCGUUGCCAUUGCCGGUGAUGCUCCUUGUCGCGGUGGCCGUUAUGCUCGUCGGUGCCGGCGCAGGCGCGGCCGGGGUGCGCGGCGGGCGGCAGCGGCAGCAGCAGCUGAGGAUGGGGUUCUACGACAAGAGCUGCCCGGCGGCGGAGCGGAUCGUGGGCGACUACGUCCGGCUGCACGUCCGGCGCGUGCCCACCGUCGCGCCCGCGCUGCUCCGGACGCACUACCACGACUGCUUCGUCAGGGGCUGCGAUGGCUCCAUCCUGCUCAACUCCACGGCCGCCGGCGCGGCGGAGAAGGACGCGCCGCCGAACCUGACGCUGCGGGGGUUCGACCUCAUCGACCGCGUCAAGGGCCUCGUCGAGGAGGCCUGCCCCGGCGUCGUCUCCUGCGCCGACGUCCUCGCGCUCGCCGCCCGGGACGCCGUCGCCGCCAUUGGCGGUCCGUCGUGGCGCGUGCCGACGGGGAGGAGGGACGGCACGGUGUCGACCAUGCAGGAGGCGGUCCGCGAGCUGCCGUCGCCGUCGAUGACCUUCCCGCAGCUCGUCGCCCUGUUCGCCGGCAAGGGCCUCGACGUGCGCGACCUCGUCUGGCUGUCAGGUGCGCACACCAUCGGCAUCGCCCACUGCUCCUCCUUCGCCGACCGCCUCUACAGCUACCCCAGCGCCGGCAACGGCACCGGGACCGUCCCGCCCCUCGACGCCGCCUACGCCGCCAACCUGCGGCAGCGCAAGUGCAGGAUGGGCGGCCGCGACGCCGCGGUGGAGAUGGACCCCGGCAGCUUCCUGACGUUCGACCUCGGCUACUACCACACUGUGCUCAAGCACAGGGCCCUGUUCCGGUCCGACGCCGCGCUGGUCACCGACGCCGCGGCGCGGGCCGACAUUGCCGGCGUCGUGUCAAGCCCGCCGGAGGUGUUCUUCCAGGUGUUUGCGCGGUCCAUGGCGAGGUUGGGCGCCGUGGAGGUCAAGACCGGCUCUCAGGGAGAGAUCAGGAAGCACUGCGCCGUCGUCAACAGCUAGAUCGAACGGAGAUACUAUGAUUUUGCUCCUAUUCUUUGGUCAUCUGUAACCAGUGCUAUUUGGAUCAUAUUUUUGUUGAGAAUGGUGGUAGAAUAACUGAGUCUGCAGGCUAACUGUGGUUCACAGAAGAUAUGACAUGUGUAUGCACUACUUACAAGAUUGAAGUUGUAUUCAUAGGUAUGUGAAAGCUCCGAAAAAUAUACAAGUAGCGACGAUGAAACAUA